CCUCUAAUUUCUCUAUUAUCUUUCUAUUCAUUUCUCAUCCUUGAAUUCCUUUUUUUCUCUUAUUUCCCCUCAUGAAUUUGCCCUCGUUUUCCCUCUACACAAUUCAGAUCCAAACAAGGGGCAAGACCAAAUGCUUUUUGCCUUCGCCUUUAAAAAUGUAUUUUUCUUUCAAGGGCCGGGCUCUGUGUCCUCGGAAAUAGUCCUCUUCUGCUCCCAGAUUCCCCAGAGUCAUCUGUUUCAGCUACACACACGGUGACCAUGGCUGCUUCAAUCUCUACUUCCCUCCGCUUAUUCACAACCAGAGUUCCAAUAUCUUCUUAUUCAUUAAAACCACUAAUCUCAACAGUAAAACCCAUAAAUCUAUCCUUCUAUAUUUUCUCUAGGCCUAUAUCUUUCGACAGUAUCGCUACGAAAAAGCCAUCGCCAGUGCUUGUAUCAGCAUCAAGCGCUGCUUCUCUGCAACCCAUUGAAGAACUCCCUCCGAAGCUUCAAGAGAUUGUCAAGCUCUUCCAAUCUGUUGCGAAACCCAAGGCUAAAUACGAGCAGCUCCUUUUUUAUGGCAAGAACUUGAAACCACUCGAUACCCAAUUCAAAACGAGAGACAACAAAGUAGAAGGUUGUGUAUCCCAAGUUUGGGUCCGGGCAUAUUUAGACACCGAUAGGAAUGUUGUAUUUGAGGCUGAUUCGGAUUCGGUUCUGACAAAGGGGCUUGCAGCUUUGCUUGUUCAAGGGCUUUCGGGGCGGCCAGUGGAUGAGGUUUUGAGGGUUUCGCCAGAUUUUGUGGUGCUUCUUGGAUUGCAACAGAGUUUGACCCCUUCAAGGAAUAAUGGGUUCUUGAAUAUGUUAAAAUUGAUGCAAAAGAAGGCACUUGAGUUGUAUUUGGAGGCUGAGAAGGGUAGUGGGCUUGGGUCGAAUUCUGGGAAUGUUGACAGGGAAAAUCUGAACGAUGGAUUGAGUAAGAAAAAAGAGAAUAUUGAAGUGAAAGGUUCAAAUAGCGGUGCUGGUGUUGAGAACUCGAGUAUUGCAAUGAAUUUGAGUGAGAAUUUUGUUUCGAGUUCGGAAUCCAAAGUUGGUGGUGGUGUUGGUAAGGAUUCAGAUAAUUUAGGGAGUAGAGGAAAAAGAAUUAAGGAGAUAUUGGAGAGAGAGUUAAGUCCCACUGAAUUAGAAGUGGAGGAUAUCUCUUAUCAGCAUGCAGGGCAUGCUGGUGUGAGAGGAAGUGACGGUGAGACACAUUUCAAUUUGAAAGUUGUGUCAAAAGAAUUUGAAGGGAAGAGCUUGGUGAAGAGGCAUAGGCUCGUCUAUGGUUUGUUGCAAGAUGAAUUACAAAGCGGCUUGCACGCGCUGUCAAUUGUGGCAAAGGCACCGGCUGAAGUUGAUGCAAGAUGAGAGUGCCAAGGAUUUAUGGCUAAUAGGUUUAUUAUACCUUCUUGAUUACAUUUUAGUGAGUGCAAUAAAGAUUUUAGCUUAUAGGUUAUCAGGCACAAUGUUCCUAUAGGUGAAAGAAAGUGUUUAUCAAUGCUUGAGAAUGUGUUAACGUAUGAAUGCUUAUUGUUAAUCUUUACAGUGCUUAAAUGGACUGUUGAUUUUUAUUUAUUUAA